CGGGCCAGACGAGAAAAGACUUCUGGACGCACACGCGACGUUACAUUAAACCGAAAUGGCGGCGAUAGCGGAGAGAAUGGAGGUUUCUCAGGGGGAGAGCUCAGCCAAGCCUGCAGCUGAGGAUAUGACUUCAAAAGACUACUACUUUGACUCAUACGCCCACUUUGGCAUCCAUGAGGAGAUGCUUAAAGACGAGGUGCGCACCCUGACCUACCGCAAUUCCAUGUUCCACAACAAGCAUCUGUUUAAGGACAAAGUGGUGUUGGACGUGGGCAGUGGGACGGGGAUCCUCUGCAUGUUUGCUGCCAAAGCUGGAGCCAAGAAGGUUAUAGGGAUAGAGUGCAGUAGCAUCUCAGACUAUGCCGUGAAAAUCGUGAAGGCCAACAAGAUGGAUGAUGUUGUGACCAUCAUCAAGGGGAAGGUGGAGGAGGUGGAGCUACCCGUGGAAGGAGUGGACAUCAUCAUAUCAGAGUGGAUGGGUUACUGCCUCUUCUAUGAGUCUAUGCUCAAUACAGUCAUCUACGCCAGGGACAAGUGGCUGAAACCAGAUGGACUCAUCUUCCCAGACAGGGCAACCCUCUACGUCACUGCCAUUGAAGACAGGCAGUACAAGGACUACAAAAUUCACUGGUGGGAGAACGUGUAUGGGUUUGACAUGUCCUGUAUAAAGGAGGUGGCAAUAAAGGAACCCCUGGUCGACGUGGUGGACCCCAAGCAGUUGGUCAGCAGCGCAUGUCUCAUCAAGGAGGUGGACAUCUACACGGUGAAGCUGGACGACUUGACCUUCACCUCACCGUUCUGCUUGCAAGUGAAAAGGAACGACUACAUCCACGCUCUGGUCACCUACUUCAACAUAGAGUUCACCCGCUGUCACAAGAGGACUGGCUUCUCCACCAGCCCCGAGUCUCCCUACACCCACUGGAAGCAGACCGUCUUCUACCUGGAUGACUACCUGACUGUCAAAACCGGCGAGGAGAUCUUUGGCACCAUCAGCAUGAAGCCAAAUGUCAAGAAUAAUAGAGACCUGGACUUCACCGUAGACAUCGACUUCAAGGGUCAGCUGUGUGAGGUGUCGAAGACGUCGGAGUACAGGAUGCGUUAGAAGUCUCUCUCUCCCUCACUCUGUUAGUUUCUUUGGUAGAGGACUGAGGGUUCGGUUUGACUGGAAGUCCGUACCAUAGUUUGACGAUCCCAUGCAGCAACAUUUUAAAGUCUAUCCUUUUUUGUAGUUUAUUUUCAUUUACCUGUUCAAACAUAAACAGUAUUUAAAAGGGUUUCACAUUCUUGGAGUACGAGUGCAUUGGUGUUGUAAUUCAUUGUGCAGUAGUCUCUCAACAACACCUGGCUCGUUGACUUGUGCUUUAGUGUUUGUCUAAGAUCUUCUUGGGUUUUACUUUGGCGUUCUUGUCCUUUUCUACGUGUGAAAUCCAAAGGGCCUGCUGACCCGUUAACACAGUUUAACUCUUCCUUUCCUUUGGCCCCCUGUGCGGUCAUCACAGGCCGUGUUCAGACCAAAAUAGCCCCCGUAUUGUAAAAAAAAUAAACCAGGGUCUGUUGGUGUAAUUCUGGGGCUCCAGGUUCCAACGAGAAGACGGUUAAAGACCAAAAAGUCAGUCAACAGACACCUGAGGUCCAGCACAGUUGAAUUACAAACUCCCUGGUCUUACUCCAGGAAUGUGGUUUGGUUUGCCAGUUCCAACUAUUUGAGUCAGCAGUAACAACAAAUGGUGUACAAGUUCACUGUGGACAUUUAUUUUGCUGGCGGAGUGGCACUGUAACCUGAAAUAACAAGUUUACCCAUUCUACAGCAAUUGGAAAUUAACGUCCUUAGCUGAACAAGGCAAAAAUCUAGUACACUUAGAAAAUGUCACCAUCAAUCUGACUGCAGUUCCGUUAAAGUGACCGCUGCAGGAGCUCAAAGCCAUUCUGCUUACUAACUCUACAUAGUAAAUGCUUAUUGUCAGUUUCCUGUUGUAGCAUGUAGUGUUCCACACAUCAACAAAUUGCAGCAUUUCUUCCCAACAAGAAAUGGUGCAAUAUGUGAGGGUCAGCUUUGGAAAACUACCAUAUUAACUUCAGAAAUGGAAAAUGAAUAAAUGAAAAUCUUAUGCAGUACUCUUACCAAUGUGAACGCUACAUGCUAACAACUUGCUCACAAUAAGUAUGUCGUAUAUAUUUGGGACAUGAUACAAACGUUAUACUGCACACGUUCUAAAAAUUGAUGUGAAACUGUUCAUAAGGGAGCCACUGCAAAUCUGCAGCUCUUUGUUGGACCUCUGACGUAUGUGACAGGCGGGUUGCAGAAUCUGUAAAGUCCUUUUAAAUUAGGCUGCACCCUUUAAAAUAAACAAUUGAGUAUCUCAAAGUGUAACUGGACCUGCAGAUGGAGAUGGCUGGGUGGGACCAGAGCUCGAGGCCUGGUUCUUGUUGGAGCCACAGCUGUCGGGUGUAAUGGAGUGUUUGUCUUUAUAAAGUGAUCUGAGGCUGCUUGAGUCUGAAGUGUUAACCAUGGCAGAGGUAGCUCUCACUCACCACACUUGAUUAUUCUCUUGUAUUUUUGCUUUGUCUGUUGCUUUUUCUUAAAAAAAUAAACAAAUUAAACUAA